CUCCCCCUCCCCUUGGCCGGCAUCCCCUCCGUUGUGGGCCGAGGCUUGAAGAGGGGAGGGGGGGAAGGGGCCAGCAGGCUGGGUGGAGCCAGCGGAGGCUGCGCGCAGGGAGGGUUCCGCAAGAAGCCCCUGCUGAGCUUCAAGAUAUAAAAAGCGCCGUCGGGGCGCCUCCGUCGCGGCAGCUGAGCGGGCAGCAGCUGGGUCGAGCGCGGCUCCGUCGAGGAUUAUGGAAUUCCUGAGCGACAAAUUCGGCCUCAAGAGCCCCCCGGCGGCGGCGGGCAAAAGCGGCGAUUUCUACCUGGCCCCCGGAGCCCCUUUGGAGCACGUCAUGGAAGCGCUGGACGGCGGCGAAGCCUUCUACGCCAAAGGCGGAGGCAAAUGCGUGGGUCAGGCUGCCUACGCUCCUCACGGCCGGCUGGAGAGGACUUCCCCGGCUAGGGACGGCUCCGUGAAUUUUGGGAUUACGAAAGUUGAGAGUCAACCAUUGCACUCUGAGAUGGGCAGACCACUGGACACUUGCAGCAAUCUCCGAAUGUCUCCCGUGAAAGGGAUUCCAGAGAAAAGAGAAUUGGAUGAACUUGGUGAUAAGUGUGACAGCAAUGUUUCCAGCAGUAAGAAGAGAAGACACCGGACCACUUUUACCAGUUUACAGCUGGAAGAACUGGAGAAAGUGUUCCAGAAGACACACUACCCCGAUGUUUAUGUCAGAGAGCAGUUGGCUCUGAGAACGGAACUCACUGAAGCUCGAGUUCAGGUCUGGUUCCAAAACCGAAGAGCAAAAUGGAGAAAGAGAGAACGUUAUGGGCAAAUCCAACAAGCAAAAAGUCAUUUUGCCGCCACCUAUGAUAUAUCUGUUUUACCACGGACAGAUAGCUACCCCCAGAUUCAGAAUAAUUUGUGGGCAGGAAAUGCAGCUAGCAGUUCGGUGACUUCCUGCAUGCUUCCACGGGAUACUUCCUCUUGUAUGACCCCUUAUUCCCAUUCUCCUCGGACAGAUUCUGGGUACUCUGGCUUUUCAAAUCAUCAGAGCCAGUUCAGCCAUGUUCCCCUUAAUAACUUCUUUACUGACUCUUUACUUUCCGGAACUAAUGGACAUGCAUUUGAAACGAAGCCAGAAUUUGAACGGAGGUCUUCCAGUAUUGCAGUUUUACGAAUGAAAGCCAAGGAACAUACUGCUAAUAUUUCCUGGGCUAUGUAAUAUAACAGAAUCUCUUUCCAUUUCAAGGUCAGACAUUAAAAAAAAAGCUGUCCUCCUCCUCCACCACCAUUCUUGUUUCUAUAAUUAAAGGACUCAACAAUAAGCUGCUGUGUGAAGAAUUGCUUGUGAUCAGGAUGUACAAAGAAGCCUGCUUGAAUAAAUAUCCAAUAUGCUAUUUAGCAUUUAAGCAUCAAUGUAUAUGAAUGGAACCACCACAUGCCAAUCUCCAAAAGCCCUCU